UUCUUCAACAAGGACGACAGGCUACUGAUUAAACCACCUCGGUUGUUCGCUAGCAAACAUAAAACCGGUAAUAUUUAGACAGUUUGUGUGUGUAUUAACCUCGGUGUUUUAAACACACUGUCUGCGAAUUUACUAGUUACUUUAAUAUUUACGUUGUCAGCUAGCUAGCUGUUUUAGUUAGCACUAAGCUAGUCUAACGUUCCCGACCAUGAGUUCACUAUCCUACACCCCACCUGCUAAAGAAGAGGAGGACUGCUGGACGGAGAAAGAAGCUCCCGUGAAAGGGGAGAAGGAAGAGGAGGCUGUCACGGUUAAAAAGGAAGUAGAGGGUGAGGCUGUUACAGUGAAAGAGGAAGACGUUUCAGUGAAAGAGGUGGAUGUUACUGUUGAAGAAGAGGAAGACGCGUUCGGAGUGAAAGAGGAGGACGUUACAGUGAAAGAAGAGGAGGAUGCAGUUGAAAAAGUGAAAGAGGAGGAGGAUGAGAUUACUGUCACAGUUAUAGAGGUGGAAGAAGAGAAUAAUGGAGAUCUGAUUAACACCAUUGAGAAUGGAGAUCUGAUAAACACCAGAGAGAGACAAGACUCUCACUCUGACAGCGAAAAGCGUCUUUCAGAAGAACCAGAGACGUCCAAACCAGCAAGACGACGCCACUCUUCCCAAUGUGGAAAGAGUUUUACCAAGUUAGGGAGCCUUAAAAACCACGAGAUUACACACACAGGAGAAAAGCCCUACCAAUGUUCCCAGUGUGGAAAGAGUUUUACAAGGUUUUGGAACCUAAAAGAACAUGUGAGGACACACACAGGGGAAAAACCUCAUCACUGCUCCCAGUGUGGAAAGAGUUUUAUCCGGCUAAGCCACCUGAAAGAACACAAGAGAACGCACACAGGGGAGAAGUCUUAUUACUGCUCCCAAUGUGGGAAAGGUUUUAUCCAGUUAAGGAAACUGAAAAUGCAUGAAAUGACACAUACAGGGGAGAAGCCCUACCACUGCUCCCAGUGUGAAAAUAGAUAUGUUUCAUCGGGAGCCCUGAAAUCACAUAAGAGAACACACACAGGGGAGAAGCCAUACCUCUGUUCCCAGUGUGGCAAGAGUUUUAGCUGGCCAGGGCAACUGAAAGAGCACGAGAGGACACACACAGGAGUGAAGCCUUACUAUUGCUCCCUGUGUGGAAAGAGUUUUACCCAUUUAGGGAACUUAAAAAGGCAUAAAAGAUCACACGCUGUAGAGAAGCCGUAUCAAUGCUCCCAGUGUGAAAACAUGUUUUUAUCACAAUGGGACCUGAAAAAACAUGAGAGAACACACUCUGUAGAGAGGCCUUUCAAAUGCUCUCAGUGUGGAAAGAGAUUUAUCCAGCGUUGUCAUUUGAAAGCGCAUGAAAAAAUACACACAGGUGAAAAACCAUUGUGCUCUCAUUGUGGAAAGAGUUUUACCCAGUUAGGGAGCCUAAAAGAGCACGAGAGGACACACACUGGAGAGAAGCCAUACCACUGUUCCCGGUGUGGAAAGAGUUUUACCCGGUUAUGGUGCCUGAAAGCACAUGAGAGAAUGAAGAAGCUGUGUUCUGCCUUAAGUUUUUGACUGAGAAUUAGU